AUGGCAAAAGCUGUACAAAUACCCUCCAGAGAUUGGCAAGAGUUCAAUGUGGUGUCGCACGUUUUGUUGAUGGCUGUCGACAUAUUAACAGACCGCCCGAUAUCAAAAGUUCGGCUCAAGAGCUUUUCAGCGACGUUACAUCCUUGGGGCGCAGCUAUCGAGUACGGGGGGAAUAUACCUGCAGAGGAAUCCAUCACAAUCGAAGUGGAGCAUCUUAGCAUGUCCACCACUGUCACUAAGCCCGGCGAAUGGUCCAGAGUGAUCAGGUCGUAUGCCAAUGAGGUACACCCUUUGCGGUCUGACUUUGCCGAUGAUUGCAUUACCAAUUUCGCGCCCGGCAGAUUCACAGCAUUAGGGCUGGGCGAGGAGCUGCCUCGCCAUCUGUAUUUCACGGCCUUCACUGGUUUCACUCACCAAUCAUUCUCAGUUCACAGGGCUGACUCAGCUAACGACGCAGAAGGUCCUCGGAUUAUUUACGAAUGCGAAGACGAGACAUGGACGGAGGUCUCUGGCAGCAGCAAGACCGGUGUCGAGGUCAGUACUGAGGCGUUCAAGACGCUCUUGCAUCACGAAAGUCGGUCGGGAAUUUUCGGAGUUCAAGUGAAGCGCAAUAGCACCUUUUUUACGGGUGACUUGUCGGAACCUUAUAUCUCGAUACGCCCCGAGGUAAGCUUAGAAACGUUACCUACUGCUUUGUCAAAUGCCGUUCGAAAGCUCAUCGACGAUUCGGCACCGAUUCAUUUGGAGAUUGUCGGUUAUGAAGCGAUAGCGCUGAGGGGACAAAGAUACCUCAAAAGAGACACCCUUCAGCCAGCAAGAGAGAUUAUCAUUCUGCGGAAGUCGGUCCAGACAAAGGAAUUAUAG